AUGCUAUCCAGGUUCCUGAGAGCAGCAAAGAAAGUGUUUCUUGUGUAUGCCCACCAGAGCUCUGGGUCAUUUAACGGCAAAGAUGCUGCAGUGGAAGUUUUAGCAGCUCAGGGCUGCACAGUUGAAGUAUCUGACCUGUAUGCCAUGAAGUUUAAAGCCACUGCUACUGCUGAGGACAUCAUUGGAGAAGUUAAGAAUUGUGAUCACUUCUGUUAUGCAGAGGAGACCAAACUGUCAUGGGAGGCAGGACGACUGUCUGCUGACAUCACCGAAGAACAACGCAAACUCACUGAGACAGACCUUGUCAUCUUUCAGUUCCCCAUGUACUGGUUCACUGUCCCUGCAAUCAUGAAGGGCUGGAUUGACCGGGUUCUCACACUGGGGUUUGCUUUCUGA